AUGUCCUCUCAAUCAGGUGAAGUCGAUGUGCCUAAGGAACGCUCGCUCUGCGAUGGUCUGGAGGGUGAGUACUCCAUGGGCCUUCACGUCGCUGCCAUCUUUAUUGUGUCGGCUUCUUCUUUUCUGGGCACGGUCACGCCACUCAUCACGAAGUACAUUCCUUUUCUUCGCAGCAACCCUUUUGUUUUCGUCAUAUUCAAGACGGCAGCGACGGGCGUGCUGCUGUCAGUGUCCACCAUUCACCUGAUCGCUCCUGCCAUCGAGGCGAUUGACGAACCAUGUGUGCCUAAGGGUCUGCAUGAUUUCUAUGAACCAUACGGUUUCUUUUUGGUUGCACUUGCAGCCCUGAUGAUGCACGCCGUGGACUUCAAGAUGAAUGAUAUAGCUUUGAAGUGGAUGAAGAAGGAUCAGAAAUCGUUGGCCCCUGAAGGUGGUGAAGAGGAUCCUCCUCAAAGAAGUUAUGGCACUUUAACUAAGGAUGAAGUGCAGAACCGCGAUGCUGAGGAGGAUUCACCGGAGUGUGGGCACAGCCAUGGCGGUGUGCUUCCGCCGCCCUCGAUGGGUCAACUUCGACGGAUUAUUGCGGCCGUGUCAAUGGAGUUCGGUGUCACCCUCCACAGCAUCUUCGUUGGCCUGGACAUGGGCCUCACGACGGACGCCUCGCUGAAGCCGCUGCUCGUGGCCUUGGUGUUCCAUCAGCUGUUCGAGGGCAUGGCGCUUGGCUCGCGUCUGGUGGAUGCCAGGUUUUCCAUUGUGCUGGACAUAAUCUUCUCGAUUGUGUUCUCCGUGAGUGCACCUCUCGGGAUGUCCAUUUCAACCAUCGCGGUGAGCAUUCGGAAAGACGCCAUGGCGGGUGGUGGGUUCGCGCUGAUGCUGGGAUCUCUCAGCAGCUUCUGUGGUGGCAUUUUGCUUUACCUUGCCUUCAAUCAGCUUUUCUCGGACUUCAUGAUUGAGAUAAAGGCGCACUGUUCCGACGGUAUGCCGAUGAGGACAACCAAGAAAGUCGUAAUGUUUGUGUCCCUGUGGUCUGGCAUGCUGACCAUGGCGAUAAUUGGCAAAUGGCUAUGA